AUGGUGUCCACGCAGCUACAUACGCCUCCUCCAGAUGAAAGCCUUCCUCGCCAGCUCCCACAUCCUGCUCUGCCUUCCGGCAAGUACAGCAUCGUGUGCUCAGAGCUGCCACAGUUCGCACGGACGCUGUACCUACAAGUCUUUUGGGACUCAUGUCAUCCCUCUGUCCCAACUUUCAGCGAGCGCCGAUUCCGUGAGCUCAGCCAGCUCCCGGCUUCUACAAUCCUGGAUGAGUACACGUCUGAAACUUGUCUCGUCGAUGCCAUGCUCGCGUUAGGUACUCAGCAUUGCGUUUCGACCGGUCUCUUCGAUCGCACGUUGGGCCUUCGCAAGUUGGCAUCCGCUCAAAGCAAAGCAGAUCCUCUGCUGGAAGUGGACUGGCCAGGUUUCGAGUACUGGCACCGGGCUCGAGAUCAUAUCAGAGCCACGGAAGAUCUUGGCAUGAUAGGUGCUCAAGCUCUUGCUCUCAUGAUCUUCUAUCUCAUUCGUGGCGGCGCUGUCCGUGACGCGUACAACUUGCUCGGGAUUGCCGUCCGCAAGGCAUAUAUGUCAAGCCUGCAUCGAUUACAGGAUGUGGAGGAAAGUGGCAGAGACGAUCUGCGAUUGUUCUGGACGACGACUUUCGCGAUGGAUGUCCGAUGCUCGCUUCAGCUCGACAUGCCUCAAGCCAUAGGCGCGACCCUGGUCCGACCGCUUCUUCUGGGUCGCGACAGCCUCAGAUUCUUCAGGACGGACAAAUGGCGAGCCACACUCUCCGCUUGA